CGGUGCCGCACAAUUAGGUUGAUAGCACAUUUUUUUGUAUUAUACCAAAACUAGUGGUGCAGAAGACGGGCACAGUGCAGAGGGCCACCAGCAAGCUGAAAAAUGUAUAUAUAAAUCGGUAGUAGUUGCUGAAAAAGUGUAUACCGCAGUGUAGGAAGUAUUAAAAAUUCACGUAAAUUUUGUGUUCAAAUGUGGAAAAUUCCAAAUAUCGCAGUCUAGCUACAAAUCGAAUGCAUUGUGCAACCCACCAAAAAUUAUACAAAAGCAGCGUUAUGUAAAUAAAUCGCUAGGUGCUAAACGUAUAUAAAUCAUAUGCCAAGAAAUCAUCAGCGCGACAGCGCCAAAGGCGACGAAAGCGACAGCGACACUCAUCAUACCAGCCGACUUAAUAGCCAAGUAACAACUAAAACAAUCAGCAAAGCGACGUUUGGGUCGACAGCCAAUUGACCGGGCAAUCAAACGACAAACAACAAGCAACAAGCAACAAGCGCAGUGUUAAACACUCUUCUGGGCAACAACGCCUAAAAGUAUACUAUCAAAGCCACGCAAAAGUCAACCGAAUACACCCACAAGGCACUAGGUGUCAUUAAUGCAAAAAUAGCAACAACCGAGGGCGAAUAAAAUUUGAUUGCCUGCUGGAGACGACGCGACCAUCCGACAACGGAACGCAAAUCGCGGACCGACACAGGCAGAAGGCAGCGGCGAAGUCGAAGGCGACAGCAACAACGGGCAAUAAGACACUCUUUAGCCCGCGCAGUUCAGGCGUAGCUGAGGUGAGCCGUGUAGGCGGUUAAUUGGGAAUUUUCUUCUGCUAACGGUUGUUUCGAGAAAGCAGUCAAAAUUCACCGGCUAAGCAAGAGUGCAAUGGGCAGUCCAUACUAUAGAGACAUGGAUGAGCCAACAAGUCCAGCCGGUGCGGGCCACCAUCGGAGUCGGAGUGCCAGCAGACCGCCGAUGUCACACGCCAUGGAUUAUCCAAGAACCCGUUACCAGUCGCUGGAUCGCGGUGGCUUGGUUGAUCCGCACGAUCGUGAAUUUAUACCCAUACGUGAGCCACGCGAUCGCUCACGCGAUAGGUCACUCGAGAGAGGAUUGUAUUUGGAGGACGAGUUGUACGGACGUUCAGCGCGACAGAGCCCCAAUCCUAUAGGUUAUCAAACGGGCUUACCAUCGUCGGAUCGAGCGUAUCUGGGCGAUCUACAGCAUCAAAAUACAGAUCUGCAGCGCGAAUUAGGUCAACUUAAGCGAGAGUUAGAACUGACAAACCAAAAGUUGGGCAGUUCGAUGCACAGCAUAAAGACAUUUUGGUCGCCGGAGCUGAAGAAGGAGCGAGCGUUACGUAAAGAAGAGAGCGCCAAAUACAGUUUGAUUAACGACCAGCUAAAGUUGCUGAGCACGGAGAAUCAAAAACAAGCGAUGUUGGUGCGUCAGCUGGAGGAGGAGUUACGUAUGCGCAUGCGACAGCCUAACAUAGAAAUGCAACAACAAAUGGAGGCUUUGUACGCGGAAAACGAUCAUUUACAGCGCGAGAUCAGCAUAUUACGCGAGACGAUUAAGGAUCUUGAGUGCCGCGUGGAAACACAAAAACAAACGCUCAUUGCGCGCGAUGAAAGUAUCAAGAAAUUAUUGGAGAUGUUGCAAACCAAGGGAAUGGGUAAGGAGGAGGAGCGACAAAUGUUCCAGCAAAUGCAAGCCAUGGCCCAAAAACAGUUGGACGAAUUCCGUCUUGAAAUACAAAGAAGGGAUCAAGAAAUAUUGGCGAUGGCGGCCAAAAUGAAAACUUUGGAAGAGCAACAUCAGGACUAUCAGCGGCACAUAGCGGUUCUGAAGGAGUCGCUAUGUGCCAAGGAGGAGCACUACAAUAUGCUGCAGACUGAUGUUGAAGAGUUGCGCGCCCGCCUAGAAGAGAAAAAUCGCUUGAUCGAGAAGAAGACACAAGGCACGCUACAAACGGUGCAGGAACGGAAUCGUCUGACUAGUGAACUCACCGAAUUGAAGGAUCACAUGGAGAUUAAGGAUCGCAAAAUCAACGUGUUACAGCGAAAGAUUGAGAAUCUCGAGGAUCUACUCAAGGAAAAGGAUAAUCAGGUGGAUAUGGCGCGGGCACGUCUGUCGGCAAUGCAGGCUCAUCACAGUAGCUCCGAGGGCGCUCUCACAAGUCUCGAAGAAGCCAUUGGUGACAAAGAGAAACAAAUGGCCCAACUGCGAGAACAGCGAGAUCGUGCCGAACAUGAAAAGCAAGAGGAGCGCGAAUUACAUGAGCGUGAAAUUGCCGAUUACAAAAUCAAGUUGCGCGCACUCGAGAGCGAAGUAGAGAAAUUGAAUACACGCCUGGAGCGUGCAGUCACCGAACGUGAGCGUUUGGAAAUCAAAUUGGAGGCGUCACAAAGUGAAUUGGGCAAAUCGAAGGCGGAGUUGGAGAAGGCCACCUGCGAGAUGGGACGCAGCAACGCCGACUGGGAGUCCACCAAACAGCGCAUCGCCCGUCUCGAAUUGGAAAACGAACGCUUGAAACACGAUCUGGAACGUUCACAGCUGCAGCUAGAAGAACAGACCACACUACAUAAAUCUGUACAAAAAUUAAUGCUCGAAUCGGGACGCUUAUCGACAACAUUUGGCCGCACAACAAUGACGACUUCGCAAGAACUGGACCGGGCACAAGAGCGCGCCGACAAGGCGGCCGCGGAACUGAGGCGAACACAGGCCGAGCUCCGCGUCACACAGUCGGAUGCGGAGCGUGCUCGUGAAGAGGCGACUGCGUUGCAGGAGAAGCUCGAGAAGAGUCAGGGUGAAGUAUAUCGCCUUAAAGCGAAGCUCGAGAAUGCACAAGGUGAACAAGAAAGCUUGCGCCAGGAGCUGGAGAAAGUGCAAGGAGGGGUGUCACGUAUACAUGCUGAUCGGGAUCGGGCCUUCUCUGAAGUGGAGAAGAUGAAGGAAGAGAUGGAGCGAACCCAAGCCACACUGGGCAAGGCACAACUGCAGCAAGAAAAACUGCAGAACUCAUUGGAUAAAGCCCAGAACGAAGUCGACCACUUGCAGGAGAAACUCGACAAAUCGGUGGCUGAAAACCGACGCUUGGUACUCGAGAAGGAAAAGCUCACCUACGACUAUGACAACCUACAGUCGCAGCUAGACAAGGCGCUGGGACAGGCGGCGCGCAUGCAAAAGGAACGCGAAACGCUCACGCUCGACACGGACCGCAUACGCGAAAAAUUAGAGAAGACGCAGAUGCAACUAGCACGCAUACAAAAAGAACGGGAUCAGUUCUCAGAUGAGUUGGAAACACUCAAAGAACGCUCCGAGACAUCGCAAACUUUACUGAUGAAAGCGGCCCGCGAUAAGGAGGCGAUGCAAACCGAUUUGGAAGUGCUCAAGGAGCGUUAUGAAAAGUCACAUACCAUACAACAAAAAUUGCAGAUGGAGCGUGACGACGCUGUUACCGAAGUGGAGAUACUUAAAGAGAAACUGGACAAGGCACUUUAUGCUAGUCAGAAACUCAUCGAUGAGAAAGACACCUCCAAUAAAGAAUUCGAGAAGAUGCUUGAGAAGUACGAUCGUGCACAGAAUGAAAUUUAUCGACUGCAGUCGCGUUGUGAUACUGCCGAAGCUGAUCGCGCACGUUUGGAAGUCGAAGCAGAGCGUUCCUCUUUAGCCGCGUCGAAGGCGCGGGAAGAUUUGCGCAAAUUACAAGAGGAGAGCACUCGCUUACAGGAAGCCUGCGAUCGAGCCGCGCUGCAACUGAGCAGAGCCAAGGAGAGCGAAGACAAUGCGCGUGUUGAGCUCGAGCACAAUCGAGAACGUUUCGAUAAAAUACAAACCGAUUUGCGACGAUCGCAAGGUGAAAAAGAGCAUUUGCAGUCGGAGUUGGAGCGUGUCACAUAUGAACUGGAGCGCGCACACGCUGCACAAACCAAAGCCAGCGCCAGCGUGGAAGCGGCUAAAGAGGAGGCUGCGCACUAUGCCGUUGAAUUGGAGAAAAUGCGCGAUCGUUACGAGAAGAGCCAAGUGGAGUUACGUAAACUCCAGGAUACUGAUACAUUUGGACGCGAGACUCGUCGCCUUAAGGAAGAAAAUGAGCGUCUCCGUGAAAAAUUGGACAAAACCCUUAUGGAACUCGAAACGAUUCGUGGCAAGUCACAAUAUGAAUCCGAAUCGUUUGAAAAAUACAAAGACAAGUAUGAAAAGAUUGAGAAUGAAAUACAAAAUAUGGAAUCGAAACUGCAUGAGACCACCCUGCAACUGGAAUUGUCCAAGGGCGAGGUUGCUAAGCUACUUGCCAAUCAAGAGAAACAACGUAGCGAAUUGGAGCGGGCGCAUAUUGAGCGCGAGAAGGCACGUGACAAGCACGAGAAACUGCUGAAGGAGGUGGAGCGAUUGCGUCUGCAGCAACAGUCGGCCAUCAGCCCUGGCGAGUCGGUGCGCGCAUCGAUGUCGGCGGGCGAGCGCCAAGAAAUCGAUCGAUUACGCGAUCGCCUCGAGAAGGCGCUACAGUCGCGCGAUGCCACCGAACUCGAAGCGGGCCGCCUCGCCAAGGAGUUGGAGAAAGCGCAGAUGCAUUUAGCCAAACAGCAGGAAGCGAACGAAUCGACGCGCAUCGAAUUCGAACGCAUGUCUGCCGAACUCGGCCGCCUGCACGAUCGACUCGAGAAGGCAGAGGCCGAGAAGGAGUCACUACGCCAAUCGGCACGCAAUGGCGCAGACAAACCGCAUCCACAACUCGAAAAGCACAUGCAGAAAUUGGAAGCCGAUUGCAAGCAAUUGGCCAUCGAACGCGAGCAAUUGGUGCUGCAACUCGAAAAGAGCCAGGAGAUAUUGAUGAAUUUCCAAAAGGAGUUGCAAAAUGCCGAGACCGAAUUGCAAAAGGCGCGUGAAGAGAACCGCAAAUUACGCAACGGUCACCCGGCAUCACCCGCGGCACCUGCUGAACUGCAAGCUAUGCAACAAGAAAUCCAGAUGCUGCAACAGAAGUUACAAGAGACCGAAAAAGCCCUACAGGCCGCCAGUGCCGUAGCGGGAGCGAGUGGCGCCAAUCGCGAAGAGGUCGAACAGUGGCGCAAGGUGCUUGAAGUUGAGAAGAGUCGCGCCGAAAUGGCCGACAAAGCCGCACAAGAAAUGCAUAAACGCAUACAAUUGAUGGAUCAGCACAUUAAGGAGCAACAUCAACAAAUGCAAAAGAUGCAGCAACAGAUAGCACAACAGCAACAACAACAACAGCAGCAGCAACAGCAAGUGUCCGGUAAUGCUCAAGAAGUCACGAAAGAGAUGGAGAAAGUGAAAGGAGAACUGCAGGCCGCCUGUACAGAGCGUGACCGUUUCCAACAGCAGCUGGAGUUGCUGGUACAAGAACUUGAAAAAAGCCAGCUUUCCAACCAGGAGCAGUCGAAGCAAUUGCAGACCUCCCAACAGCAAGUGCAACAACUGCAGCAACAGGUGCAGAUGUUGCAGCAGCAAGUACAACAACUGCAGCAAGCGGGCACUUCCGGCGCAGCCGCCACCGAUGUGCAGCGCCAACAAUUGGAGCAACAACAUAAGCAAUUGGAAGAGGUGCGCAAACAGAUCGACAACCAAGCCAAGGCCACGGAAAGCGAGCGCAAGAUCAUCGAGGAGCAGCGCAAGCAGAUCGAAGCCAAACGCAAGGAUAUCGAGGAGAAAGAGAAGAAAAUGGCCGAUUUCGACGUGCAGUUGCGCAAACGAAAGGAGCAAAUGGACCAGUUGGAGAAAUCUCUGCAGACGCAGGGUGGCGGUGCGGCGGCAGCCGGAGAGCUUAACAAGAAGCUCAUGGACACACAGCGACAGCUUGAAGGCUGCGUUAAGGAACUGCAAAACACCAAGGAGGAGCACAAAAAGGCAACCACCGAAUGCGAACGGUUACUGCAACUGGUGCAAAUGUCGCAAGAGGAACAGAACGCCAAGGAGAAAACUAUUAUGGACUUACAACAAGCCUUAAAGAUCGCUCAAGCAAAAGUGAAACAAGCACAAACGCAGCAGCAGCAAGAUGCUGGACCAGCUGGAUUCUUGAAGAGCUUUUUCUAAAGAGUAUUACUUGAAAAAGUGAAAACAAACAAACAUAUACGAGAAGCAACAAAACUUUUCAUUAUUACACUGUACAUUUAACUACCAGUAACCUCAGUAUUGAUUUCAUUAUAAUAAUGAGCAAUGGAAAAGAAGUAUUCGAAAUCUUUUUUACUCAACUUUUUGCUGAACGCUGUCUUUUUCUAAUUAUUGUUUUCUUGUGACAAAACCAAAAAUAUAUACGCAGAUUAAUGUUAAAUAUUCUGAACUAAGUACUACUGUAUUCAUUACUCUUCAUACUAACCACAAUCGGCUGCUUAUUCACAACCUACACGACAAGUAGGCAGACAUAACCGACACACAAAUCCACACAUACAUACCGAAAGGAGCAAACACUCGACCAAAGAGCGUCGUAAGUCAACAGUAAACAGUUGGAGAGUCCAGUCCAGCUACAGAAGCUUUGUGGAGGGCGCUGAGUGUAAAACUACUGGAGUAGUAUGUGUGUAACGGUAGAUGGUAAGAUACAUAAGUAUGUGAGCGAAUAUUGCAAGGCAAGCGAAGACGGAAAUUUACAAAUUUGAAAGCAAAACAAACGUAAUAAAAUAAUUAGUUCCAGACGAACUCGUUGAUUCGGCGAGUGCGGAGAGAAUUUUUUUGGUGAGCACACAAAUGUAGCAGAUUUAUAGAGAAUGGAAAAUGCACGGCGUGCAUGCAUAUGGAGGUGUGUUUCUAGCUUAAAUACAAAUCUCGGCGAAGGAGUAUUGGAAAAUAUAAAUGUAGCAAAAUAGGCGUGACCGUUAGCAAAUAAAAAUAUAUAUAAAUUAGAAAAAAUAAAUAAAAAACUACAACAAAUGAAAUACAACUAAAAGCACUACAUAUAUGCAGAGUUAUAGUUAGUUUAUCAAAGAGAAGUGAAUAAACAAUAUAAUGUUAAAAUUAAUUAUGUAAAUAUUAGAACAAAUUGUAGCAAAAAACAAAAACAACAAACAAAAACUUUUAUUUUAAAUAACCUAAUGAAAUAUACAAAUAUAAAAAAUUUACAAAGACAUAAAUUGAAACAAUACCACAGUGUAUUAGUGGACCAAGGGUCGUGCCACAAACUUCGUUAAACAAAUAAGUCACACAUACAUAUUUGCAUAUUAAAUAUAAUAUAAUUACAUUUAGCAAUAUAUA